AUGGGAGAACUUCCCAUUACCGGCUACAAUCCACCCAAGGCCGAAGACUACCUGGAGGUUCGGCCUAUCAAAUGGCCCAAUGGGUUUACGUACAAUGGUCAACUGCUCCGUCUCGCAUUGGAUCUCGCACAGCGUCUUCUCCCUGCUUUCUAUACCACGACCGGCAUGCCGUAUCCGAGAGUCAAUCUACGCUACGGCAUCCCCUUCUACGUCAACUCUCCUAUGCACGACGUUACUCAGGCUGGUGCUCCGACGGGAGAGAGUGGCCCUCCUGAGAUCACCGAGACAUGCAGUGCAGGAGCUGGAAGCCUUGUCCUCGAAUUUACCGUGCUCAGUCGUCUAACCGGCGACCCGCGGUUUGAGCAGCUGGCCAAACGAGCUUUUUGGGCUGUGUGGUACAGGAGAAGCGAGAUUGGGCUCAUCGGGGCAGGCGUCGAUGCCGAGCAUGGCAAGUGGGUAGGUCCAUACGCCGUCAUUGGCGCAGGCGCCGACAGUUUCUUUGAAUAUGCUCUGAAAACGCACAUUCUCCUAUCUGGCCAUGCGCUACCGAACCGUACUGUGAUAAGACCAAGCGACGAUGACUAUUGGAUGGACCCAAAUAUCAUCUAUGAGCCAUUGAGUGACGAGGAGAACUCUCCCGAUUCAUUCCUGGAAGCAUGGCAUCAUGCGCACGCUGCGAUCAAAAGGCAUCUCUAUAGCGACAAGGACCACCCACAUUAUGUCAAUGUCAAUCUAUGGACCGGAUCUAUCGCUUCUAACUGGAUCGAUAGCCUUGGAGCGUAUUAUUCUGGUCUGCUCACACUGGCUGGGGAGGUGGAUGAGGCCAUCGAGACCAAUUUGCUUUAUGCCGCUUUAUGGACCAGAUACGCUGCCUUGCCAGAACGAUGGUCCGUUAGAGAGAAGACAGUCGAAGGGGGUCUUGGCUGGUGGCCUGGACGUCCCGAAUUUAUCGAGUCUACGUAUCAUCUCUACCGUGCAACUAAAGAUCCUUGGUACCUCUACGUCGGGGAGAUGGUUCUGAGAGAUAUCACGCGCCGUUGCAGGACUGAGUGCGGCUGGGCCGGUCUUCAAAAUGUCAUUAGUGGUGAGAAGAGCGAUCGCAUGGAAAGCUUCUUCCUUGGAGAAACUGCAAAGUACAUGUACUUACUCUACGACGACCGACAUCCAUUGAAUUCACUGGAUGCUGCGUACGUCUUCACCACAGAAGGGCAUCCCCUCAUCAUUCCCAAGAGGCAGAGGAAGCGACCAAGAACGCGCCCUGCCGCGCCUGCGAGUACCAAGGAGGUUGCCGUCUUUCAUGAUCAAGGCUUCAAAGAUGCCUGCCCGGUGCCGCCGAAGCCAACUCUGCUAUCUGGGUCGAAUGUCGCGGCACGGCCAGACAUAUACCACGCCGCUAAGAUGCUCGAUCUGCACCUGAUACCUAAUUAUCACGCUGGCAUAGAAGCUAGUGAGAAAGAAGGGGACGUCAAAGCCAAGACCAAUUAUACCUACUUUCCCUGGACUUUACCACCGGUCAUGCUCCCUGAUAAUGGUACUUGCUCGGUAGUUUCUCAGCCUCUUGAACUCAUGCUCGAGUUUGCUUCAAAUACCCAGCAAGGUGUCGCUGGUAGUGCGUUCAACUUCAUGGUCGCACCUCAAAAUCUAGAGAGGCUUACCGCCGACAAGACUAGGGUCUUGAGUCUAUCGGGGCUGAAGCUGACAAUGCGGCUCGAGGAGGGCAUGGAGCAGGGUUGGCGGGUAACCCGGGUGAAUGGCAUGUAUCUCGGUCGUGAUGAGAACAUCGUAUUUGACCGAUCGAUUCUUGAAGAGGUCUCAGAUCCGAGAUUCAAUCUUGCACGGGAUCAGGUCGCAGUCAAGGUCCAUCAUUUGCAUCAUAUCGACCUAACACCGAACAACGUUACAACAGGAGAUGCUCAACUAACAUCCGAACAACAUCGCGAUGCGGAAGAAACUCACAUUGCUGUUGAAGACCUGCCUGAGUCUCGCCAUCCCACGACGAUGGCAGCAGAGAUUGGCUCCUUCUUCAAAUCUUGGAUUCUCCAGAUGCUCGACACAUCAGACCAGGACCCUAAUCACCACGCAAGCGUGGAUCUUGCCAACGGUCGCCCUUUCAAUCUCAUUCUCAACGCGACUGGCAUCACUCCCACGGGACUCGGCGCAGCGCCCCUGCCUCCCGUCGACAUACCUAGCGGAACGAACAUUCCAUCCUUUGGCCCCGUCUACGAAAGCUUCUUGCCUUGGUCAAGCGUCUUCGCAGCCGGCGAGGCCUGCUCUGGCAUCUUACCGGACGAAGCUCCCAGGGAGCACCAGGUCAUCGUGAUCCGGCGGGGCGGGUGCUCAUUUAGCGAAAAGCUCGCCAAUGUUCCCGCCUACACACCAUCCUCGUCCAGCCUGCAGUUGGUGAUCGUCGUCUCAGAUGACGAUGAUCCCCAAGGGGGUGCAAUACACGGCGAUGACGGCAGCUAUAUCCGACCGCUGCUAGAGACAGUGCAACUAACGCCCGCGGGGAUCCCUCGGCGCAACCCCAUCGCCAUGCUCAUGGUGGGCGGCGGCGACGCCACGUACCAGCACCUGUCGCACGCGGUCAAGAUCGGCAUCACGAGGAGGUACUACGUUGAGAGUCAGGGCGUCCGCGUGAAGAACAUCAUAGUGGACGACGGGGACGCGCUGUCGCUUCCGAGGAUCUAG